GGAAAUGUCGAUCGGCUGUGGGCUGCGCACUGGGUCCGUCCCGCGGUAGCCUCAGGCCUGACGGCGACUCCUAGGCUCAGGGACGAUUCUGGGCAGUGUCGUUCCCGGAGGUCGGCGGCCGUUGCCCGCUCACCAGCGACGCGGGGCGUGAGGUCCGCAGAGGUGCGGGCUCGGGGCGCCUGCGGGGACGGUGAGGCCCCGCUGAGGACUCCGGCUAGUGUGAGUCCCGGGGGCGGCGGCGGGGCUCAGGCCCUGGGUCUGCCCCGCGGUGUGACCCCGGCCGGUGCCCUGGCUUUUCCUGGCCUUCUUGUCCUCCUGUGUAAACGCGGGGUGAUGACGGCGCCGACAUCUUGGCGCUGUUGUGAGAGCGAAGUGGGCGCGUGAGCAGACGCCAGCCGCAGUUGUCUUUGGGUUAUGUCGUCAUGAAGCCGGCGCUUUGCAGUUGUGUAACCUUGAACAAAUGGGUUCAGUGUCUUGGAAUUUCAGUUUUGUCAUUGUUUAAAAAGAAAUCUGGAAUAAAGUGAAUGCCGACUAUGCAUAGUAAUGAAGAUCGAACGAGCUGAUAGUUGUUACCGUUGUUUUAUGAGGUUUUUAUGUACAGAAUAAUUGAUUUUCCCCGCAGGUGGCACCUGGUAAACGGUUAGCCCUUGCGGAGAAACAACCUGUUAGUUCCCAGGGAGAGAUUGACGCCCUGGAGAGUGAUUACCAGUGUGCUUUUCCAUUAUGGUGUGUCACAGGUGCCGCAAGAUAAACCUGAUUUUUCAUGACUGCUUUUCCCUGCCCUUCUGUGCCCUCAGGACACUGCCCAUCUCUAAGAUAAGAACCUGGCAAGAGGACUCUGUUGGCUGUUGGGAAAUUGCAGAGUAAUGUCUCAGGUGACAUUUAGUGAUGUGGCUAUAGACUUCUCUCAUGAAGAGUGGGGAUGGCUCGAUUCUGCUCAGAGGGACUUAUACAAGGAUGUGAUGGUCCAGAAUUAUGAGAACCUGGUCUCUGUAGCAGGUCUUUCUGUAACUAAGCCAUAUGUGAUCAUGUUAUUGGAGGAUGGAAAAGAGCCCUGGAUGGUGGAGAAAAAACUGUCAAAAGGUAUGAUUCCAGAUUGGGAAUCAAGAUGGGAAAGCAAGGAAUUAUCAACAAAGAAGGAUAUUUAUGAUGAAGAUUCACCCCAAACAGUAAUAAUAGAAAAAGUUGUAAAACAAAGUUACGAAUUUUCAAAUUCUAAGAAGAAUUUGGAAUAUAUAGAGAAGUUGGAAGGGAAGCAUGGAAGUCAGGUAGAGCAUUUCAGACCAGCAACUCUCACCUUUAGAGAAAGCCCCACUCCAGACAGUAUUUACACCUUUCAUUCAAAGUCUACUCUUUUUGAAACACAAAAAAUUUCUGCUGAAGGGAAUUCACACAAAUAUGCUAUAUUAAAGAAGAACUUAACAAAAAAGUCAGUUGUAAAAAAUGAGAAAAUCAGUGGUGGAAAGAAACUUUUGAAUUCUAGUAUAAGUGGGGCAGCCUUCCACCAGAGCAAAUCUCUUACCCUUCACCAAACUUGUAAUAGAGAGAAAAUCUAUAUAUGCAGUGAAUGUGGGAAAGCCUUUGGCAAACAGUCAAUCCUCAAUCGCCAUUGGAGAAUUCACACAGGAGAGAAGCCCUAUGAAUGUCGUGAAUGUGGGAAGACUUUUAGCCAUGGCUCAUCUCUUACACGACAUCUGAUAAGCCAUAGUGGAGAGAAACCUUACAAAUGUGUUGAAUGUGGGAAGGCCUUUAGCCAUGUGUCAUCACUUACUAACCAUCAGAGCACUCACACUGGAGAGAAACCAUACGAAUGUAUGAACUGUGGGAAGUCUUUUAGUCGUGUGUCCCAUCUUAUUGAACAUCUAAGAAUUCAUACGCAAGAAAAACUCUAUGAGUGUCGUAUAUGUGGAAAGGCCUUCAUUCAUAGGUCAUCUCUCAUUCACCAUCAGAAAAUCCAUACUGGAGAGAAACCUUAUGAAUGUAGAGAAUGUGGGAAAGCUUUCUGCUGUAGCUCACACCUUACUCGACAUCAAAGAAUUCACACUAUGGAGAAACAAUAUGAAUGCAACAAAUGUCUCAAAGUCUUUAGUAGCCUCUCAUUUCUUGUUCAGCAUCAGAGUAUUCAUACUGAAGAAAAACCCUUUGAAUGUCAGAAAUGCAGGAAAUCCUUCAACCAGCUUGAAUCACUGAAUAUGCAUUUGAGAAAUCACAUUAGAUUGAAACCCUAUGAAUGCAGUAUAUGUGGGAAAGCCUUCAGUCAUAGGUCAUCCCUGCUUCAACAUCACAGAAUUCAUACUGGAGAGAAACCCUAUGAAUGUAUUAAAUGUGGGAAAACCUUCAGCUGUAGUUCAAACCUUACUGUACAUCAGAGAAUUCAUACUGGAGAAAAGCCAUAUAAAUGUAAUGAGUGUGGGAAAGCUUUUAGCAAAGGCUCAAAUCUUACUGCCCAUCAAAGAGUACAUAAUGGAGAGAAACCCAAUAAUGUGGUAAGUGUGGAAAAGCCUUUAGACCAUAUGAAUCACUAUACAUGUGAGAAACCUUACACAAGAGAAACCAUAUGAAGCAGUGUUUAUCAUGGUAAUUUUCAUUCCUAGAUUCUCCCUUAUUUAACAUUAGAAAAAUUUAUACUGGGGAAAGUCGUAUGAAUGUGGUGACUGUAGGAAGACUUUUUAGCAAAGAUGUAGGCCUGUUUGUUUAUCAGACGUUAUACUGUAGGGAAAUCAUAUGAAGAUCAUACAUGUGGGAAAAUCUUUGUCAGUAUUAAUCCCUUAAUUGACAUAAGUGUACUCACACUAGGAAAAAAACCCUGUACAUGUAGCAAAUGUGGGAAAGACUAGGCAAUAGGAAUCUUUUACAAACUCCUACAGGAGACAAGCUGUAUGAAUGUAGAAAAUUUAUAAAUUGAGGGAAGUCUUCAGUUCCAAGUGUAUGCCUUAUUCUAUAGCAGAGAACUCAUUUAAGAGAUGUAGCAAAGUGUUCACUAAGAGUGUUUUAUCUUGCUACACAUCAGAAGAUUAAUGGUAGAACAACCUGAAGGAUUUAGGAAUUAUGUGUAAAUCUUUGCAGUCAUGCUAUUUGUAAACUGGAUUCUACAGGAGAGCAAAUAAACAUUAUAAUAUGCAUUUCUUAGAGCAGUAGCUUGCAGUUUCAGUUGAGUUAUACUUAGAAAUUCUUUUUAGCUAGUGGACAUGUGAAGAUAUUUAGUCACCCAGAGGAGCCAGUGUUAUAAUGUUGAAAAUUAAAGCUGCAAAAGAAAUAAAGUGAUGUUAAUAAAAGUUUUGGCAUCUAAUAAAAUCAUUUUGUAUA